AUGCAAUCCUAUAAAGAGGCUUUAUAACAGUUUUAAAAAAAUUCGAUGAAUCUGCCAAUGACUGAACACGAAGAAAAAUUAAAUAUUAUGUUAGAAUAUCUAUUACAUGAAUUAGAAAAAGACAAGAAGGAAUUGUAGAUGUUGAGAUAAGAAAUCAUUCAUGAGUCAUAUCUAUAAUCGUCAAUUAAUGAUGAUACUUCAACUAGCUUUAUUGAAGAGAUAGCCGAUUUCACUCGAAAUUUUAGAAAAUUGGCUGAAGAAGCAAAUGCUGAAGUGCAUGAAUUAAGCAAUUAAGUGGACACCUUAAAAAAUGAAAAAGCCAGAAUUAAGAAAUAAUCUAAUCUAUUGGAUCAUAGAGUGUUUGAAAUGGAAAAGGUAUUAGGAGUGGGAUUAAAUCAAGCACAAUCAUAAGAAGCAAACAACUGA